UCCAGCGACAACAGGAUGCAUUACUGUACAACUAUCCGGUAAUUAAAGGUGUUUGUAGCUGUGGAUAGAAGGUGACACUGUAUUGAAAUGGAAUUUCAGGACAUUCAGGCCUGAGCUGUGGAAAAGAGGGUGUGUUCAACUGUGUGAGUUUGAUUGAUCGUGCAGUGUUGUAGCACUUCUUUCCUACUCAGGGCAACAGCGCACUUCUCCCUUCCUUCUCUCAAGAAGCUUUAGGCAUGACCUCAGGUGUAGCCAUCAGUGAUGAGGUGGUAAACCUCUAUAACUCGAUCAAGGUGCGCCACCAGGGUGCUGAGGAGAAAGAGAGAUUCAAACUUCUGAUCAUGCGUAUCAGCGAUGACCAAAAAGGCAUUAUUGUGGACCACGAAAACUGCCUGAGAAACAAGGAUGUGGAGAACGAGGCGGACAUCUUCCAGACGAUCAUCAAUAAGCUUCCUCCCAAAGAGUGCCGCUACGCCCUGUAUGACUGCACCUAUGUGGGAAAUAGUCUAAUGGAGGACCUGGUCUUCAUCAUGUGGGCCCCUGAGGACGCAAGCAUGAGGAGUAAAAUGGUCUAUUCAAGCUCAAAGGCAGCCCUUAAAUCCAAAAUGCCAGGUUUGAAAUUCGAGUGGCAAGUGAAUGACUGUGCAGACAAACAGGUAUCAUGUCUUGUGGAGAAACUUGGUGGGCGAGGCAAAGUAAAGACUGUGGAGGGGAAAAGUGUGUAAAACUCCCCUUGAUCAAUGGUUUUACAGACUAGAUGGUCAAAAUAAAAAUUUUUACCUUGCAGAAAUGUUAUCUUUUCAGGUAUAAUAAACUUGGUCUAAUGAAAUACAAAUAUUUGACAUGCCAAGUAUUCCCAAUAUAAUAUUUGAAGUGUCAAAAGUUGUAACUGCUUUUGCAUGUAUGAGAGUUCAGUUUGGCACUGUUAGCAAACCCUUUUUUGCCAUGUCAGAACAACUCAUAUUUAUCCUUAUACACCAAUGUAGCAUUAUUCAGCAGAUAGGGUUGGUUUUAAAUGUUAAAACAUCAAUGAAUAGUAUAGUGACAGAAACACUGUUUUUAAAGUUACAAUUAGUAAUUAGUACAAUUAGUACAACUGUGUUACAAAUGUAUACUUAAAUCAUGUAUUGUGUGAUUGUGAAAUAUCUGUUUUAACUUUGCAUCAGGGGUUUACCUUACAAUAUUUUAAAGCAGUUACUGUCAUAGGGCUUUUGCAUUAUAACAUUUAUUUUUCAAAGCAUACAUCUUUUGUUCAGCAUAAAAUAUUUCUGUGGUUGAAUGUUUUAAUUUGUCCAGACGGACCCAUGUCUAAAUGAACAGCCACUUUAAAACAGUCUUCCUGUUUCAAUGAAUAGAAAAUAAAAACUUGAUAGCUUUUAGCAUAAUUCAACAUC